AUGAAGGCGAUCAAAUCCUGCCCUACUUUGCUAGUUUUAUUAUUUGUUUCAUUGUUACGUUAUGUAACUGCAGUUGCGAUAUAUGAAACAACUGUCUAUUUAACUUUAGAAUGGCCUGAUGAAACUACUUCUACCAAAAAGCCUGCCACUACUAAAGCUCUUCCUUCCCCAAAAAAGACUAUAAGAGGUAAGAACAAGAUCCAGAAGAGAGCGGGUGUUGAAGAAAAUGGAAAUGGUGCGUUCGUUAUGUACACUGACAUGCCAGACUCUGCAGCAGACAGAGCAGACAGAGCAGCAGAUGCUAGAGCCACUAUUCUUACCGAGUCUACUUAUUCCAUUGAAAUUAAUACUAUUACUAAGAGUGAUGGUACCCUAGAUGUUGAAACGACUUAUCACGUUUAUUCAAGAGCUCCAUUUACAAGCACCAGAACAUCUAAAGUUUUAGGAAGUGCUGAUUCAACUACUACCUUAGAAACCAUUAUUACUACUUAUGUUGGUACCAACAAGGGUGUUACGACCGAAACUAUUUAUGUAGUUGGUACUCCUCGUCAUGCUUUAACUUCCGUGUCUUAUACUCAUUGGACAGGUACUUACGAAUCGACAAUCAACACUAUCAUUUCUACAAUCACAGAUCAAGAUAACGAAGAAACCACUCAGACCUUAUACAUUGUAGAAACUCCACAAUCAACAACAACUACUACCCCUAUUGAAAUUACAACCACUAGUACUACCCCUGUUGAAAUCACAACCACUAGUACUACCCCUGUUGAAAUCACAACUACUAGUACUACCCCUGUUGAAAUCACAACCACUAGUACUACCCCUGUUGAAAUCACAACCACUAGUACUACCCCUGUUGAAAUCACAACCACUAGUACUACUCCAAACCCAACUACUACUACAACUAGCAGUGUUCCUAUUACUACCUCAAGCAGCUCUGACAUCACUUCUAUGUCAACUAUACAAUCUGCUCAAUCCAGUUUCUUUUGA